UGCGUUGAUGGCAUUUGCUUCAGCGCCUUGCGUCUUGUUUCUAACUCCUUUGCAGCACGUCCUUGCUCGAAUCGUGUACUUCUCGUCGUCAAUCACGUGAUUUCGUGAUAGGGAAGUAGCUCGGUGAUAAAAGUUUAUGAUAUCAUCCAAGGAGGGCGCGAUGUGCGACCAAGAAGUUCCUUUUUUCUCACCUCAUAACAUUGCGCCAAUGGAACCAAACGAGAAGAAUUUUAAUGACGACGGAUCCUCGAAUAACAACAACGGUAAUACCAAGAUAACGGACGACGAUUUUGCUCUAUCGGAUGAUGUUUUAUCAGAUUUGACAUCAUGGAUAGUGGAUAGCGCUGAAAGUCCGAACGACGAUCAGUUCGUGCCUCAAGUGGAAAAUUUGGUACAGUUUGACCAAGAAGGCUCGAAACCUGAUUCCAAAGUACCCGAGUGUUCAAACGGACCAAAUGGACGAACUGCAACUUCAGAGGGAAGUAUCAACAUCCCUCUUACCCCUUUACACAUCAGUAAUCAAUGCGAUGACGUAUUUCCUUCCGAAGUUCCCCAAGGUAUCAGUCCAAGUGGAAGCAAUCCGUGCCCGCCUCAAGAUUUUCAUUCUAUUCCGCCUGAUCAAAGACUACCUCAAGGAUCAUCGUGUUUUUCAAGACCGGAGGCAUGUUAUCAAAACAACGACCCCAGCUUAGUGCCACAACAUGCUGAAUGGCAUCGGUCUGCUGCCAGGGAUUUGCAAAAUUUUGCUGCUCGUACAAGAUUAUCCCAACAACGAAAUAUCCAAGCACCCAAUACUUUGGAAUUCAGCAGAAGCAGAAUAAAUGGCGUUGAAAACAGCCCACAAUCUUAUCCUAGUCCUUUUCAUUCCCCGGGCUUUUCAGGAUAUAGCGCUUCCCCGCUUAGCGAAUGUGGUUCAGGAGGAAACGGGUUCGAUUUGAACAAUAACGAACAUCCUGCUAACCGUGGACGCUCUUGCAGUGCGGAAUUUUAUAGGCAUGGAGUUGCGGCCUCGUACGGUGGUGUUUAUCCGAAGCAUUUUGAAAAACAACUACCUCAGCGUGAACUUGAAAUGGCCGAAAAUACUCCACCCCAUACAAACUUUGCAGAACCGCCACCUCUGUCCCAUUUGCCAGUAUCGGGGAUAGGCGAUGGUUGCAACCCGGCGACUAAUGGUAAUCAGAACACUAACAACAAUGCGAUCAAGUCGCCUUCAGAAAUGACAGUUCCCUGUAAUCAGAAAAUGUUUUCUGGUCGUGGUCCACACGCAAUCUGGGCCCACAACCCACAGCAGUUCCAUCGCGGUCCCAUGCCAUAUCAAUCUGCGUGUAAUGCGGCUCAGUGUACGCCCAAUGUGACGACGUCACCGGCAGUUCCCAUGAGGCCGCCAACACGAACACAAACGGAUUUCAAAGCUCCAGAGCCCUGGAGUGGUCCUCAACAACAGACGCAUUGUGUCAGUAAUAAUCCCGUACCUCAAGACGCUGCUCUGAGAGAAAGAUUUCGUCAGUAUUCAGAAGAACCUUAUCAAGGGUAUAAUGCACAGCGAUAUCAGUCGAUGGACAACCCAGCAGCACAUCAUGGAGGACAACCAUAUCACCCUCGACUAUGGCGUCAUAAUUCCGCACCGGUAUUUCCCGCGGUUUCGCCAGGAUACUCAUCACACCAUCCAGUGACAGGAUUUCAUAAAGUUGCUGUGAAACAGGAGAGUUUAUGUUCUGUCAGCGAUGUGCAACCUUAUCCCACGCCGAUGCCAGCACCUCCUGUCAAAGUUGAAUCCUUGGGCGAAGAUGUUCAUGGCUUUGGUUUUGGCCAGCAUCAUCCAGGAAUGUUUCAGACGGGAUACACUCAUCCCGGGUCGAAACAUCACCCACUUUUGAAGCGACAUCUUACCACUGACGCCAUCAUGUCGUCAAGGGGACGAAUGCAUCCGCCGACGAGUCUCCAUCCACCGUUGCGUCCUUCUGAAUCGGACCCCGGACAUCAUCUGCCUCCACCACCCACCCCUGUAAGCCAAAAAGACUCGACGCCACAACCAACGAAAGAGUCAAAAACAAAGACAGGUGGAAACGAAAAACCAAAAUUGAGUUCAACCGACCAAAAAUCGUCACCAAACGUCAACAACGAUAAAAAGACGUUUGCUCCGCCUCCCUCGCCGAUGCCCAGAGAACGUAAUGCAUCUGGAGAUCCGGCUACUGAAGGUCUUUUCCAUUGUCCGUCCGAUGCACUUGUACCGGAUAUGAAUGGAGCAAGUGAAGUGAGGGAAUCAGGGACCCCAUAUCACAGACGUGGAAGUCUACAGUUAUGGCAGUUUCUUGUCGCAUUACUUGAAGAUCCUUCGAAUCAACAUUUUAUUACAUGGACUGGAAGAGGACUUGAGUUCAAGUUAAUUGAACCCGAAGAGGUUGCAAGAAGAUGGGGAAUUCAGAAGAAUCGACCCGCAAUGAAUUACGAUAAAUUGAGCAGAUCGCUGAGGUAUUAUUACGAGAAAGGAAUAAUGCAAAAGGUCGCGGGUGAGAGAUACGUCUACAAAUUUGUUUGCGAGCCAGAUGCAUUGUUCUCCUUAGCAGGCCCACUUGCUCCUCCAGAGAGAUGUGUCUCAGCAUUUGGGAUGGGGUCACAUCAUCCGUACCAAAGUCACCCUGAUUUUCAUAAGUUCGGACCCCCGACGCACCCUCUACAUCGACACAUGUUUACACAUAUGUAUGAUCAAGAAAACAGGGGCCACAUGUACCCAUGUCCUCCCCCUUCGCCCUAUUCACAUAACCAGGACAUGCAUAUGCCACAGAUACCUCACGGGGGUUCACAUGACCACCGCAUGCAUAAUAUGCCACAUCCUAUGAUACCGCCACGACAGCGAAUGCCACCACAGAUGAGGCGUCACGGCGCACAGACGCCCAUUCACGAAGAUCGACAGGCGCCGCCAAUGAACCAUCAGCAUAUGCCACCAACCCCAGGACCCACGCCACUUCCAAGGCCCAGCCAGGAUAAAAGUCAUCAUUAAAUUUUACUUUUUAUAUUUGAAUCUUUCAAACAAGUGGCCACUGAUACGUACAGAGCUUCUAUGAAGCAAAAGAAAGGGUUUCAGCACUUGCGAAAAGCUUUGAAAUUCUUCCUGAUCUGUUAUUCGUUUUCAUGCUGAAUAUAUUUUCAAUUUUUUUUUAUUAUAUUUUUUCAUCGUCGCUUUGUACAUUAAAAUAAUUUUCCAAUAAUUUCUGUUUAUUAGAUAUCAUUACUAUAAUUUCAGCGUAUAUGUUAUUUUUUUGCGCGUCGAUCUAUAGAUUUUUCUAUGGAAGAUACCAUUUUUGUUCAAGUUUCAUUUUUUAUCAUAAUUUUUAAAAGUAUAAUGAAGAAAAAAGACUCAAUUUUCCAUCCUUCACUGUCAAAUAUACUUCCCGCUGGCCACGCAUGAUAAAAUACUGAUUUUUCCAUCAUUUUCUGUCGAAUAUACUUCCCGCUGGCCACGCUUGAUAAAGUGCGAGUAAAUAUUAGGACUGGUUGACCAAGAUUUAUAUUUGACUUCGGUGAAUUUGAUUCGCAUAACAGUGUUGUUAAUUUGUGGUGCCAUAAAUGACAUUUACCAUGGUAGUAGUUCCAGUCAUGCUACAUUCACGUUUGAGCCAAGGCGUUAAUAUUUUUCAGAAGAUUUACAGUAUAUUUUUUCUUGUUUUCUCGAUGCUGCAUUGAACGAAUUUUACGUAAUUAUUGAAUACUGCCCUGUAAAAUACAUUUUUGAAUAAAAGUUCGCGCCAAAUA